GACAGAGCUGGACACAGGCCAUCAGUUGUGGAGUGAAGCAAUACUUCAAGCGGCGCAGCGGGCUGAGCGACACGGCAAGCGAGCCUGGCAGAAAGCGAAGCAGAGCAUCCACCGUUGGGCAAGGAAGGCCAUGGACGUCAACAUGAAGGAGGCUCAUGGAUAUCUCAAGCGGCCCGAAUCCCUCUCGCUCCCUGAGCUGUGCAUCGACCCCGACAGCAGUGGAGUUAUCGCCAACUUGCAAAGUGCGGUGGAGACGAGAGCCAGACAAUGGAAAGCAAGAUGGACCAAGCACGACGGGUACAACGAGACCAAGGCACAGAUGCAGAAGCUGCGCUCACGGGCAGCUCUCUACAGCAUGGCCAUGGACGAAAGCAGUGCCUGGGAUGGAACGCAAGCGUGGGGCUCAAUCUAUUUGGACAUCAAAAAGUUCUACGAUUCGAUCAGCAUCCCGAUCUUGUUUGAUCGCGCUUUGACGCUUGAUUUUCCCCCCGUGGAGCUCUACCUCAAUUGUCUGGUAUACCUCGCUCCGCGAGCGAUCAGAGCAG